CCCCCCCCCCCAGCCCCCCAAGAUGCCCGCCCCGAAGAAAUUCACCCCCGAACUGCUAGUCACCGCUCCAAGAAUUUCGGAAGCAGUCCCGAAUAAUGACGGAAAAUUCGCGCUCUACACCGUUUCGACCUAUGAUCUCGCAACACACACCAGCCUUACAGACGUCAAAAUACUUGAGCUGGGGACAGGAAAGUCGACUCGAUACAGCAACAACUCCAAGGAAAGUUCGUUCCGUUGGCUGCGGGGAUCGUCCCUACUGUGGGAGCGGGAGGGCGAGAAGAACAAGGAGACUGAGCUAUGGAUUGGCGAUGCUGACAGCACUAUACGGCCCUAUCUCGCCGGUACCAUCAACGCGAAGUUGAACGACGUCAGAACUAAAGUCUUGGAUAACGGGGACAUUGCCUUUGUCUUCACUGCGCCGGCGGAUGCCGAUCAGAACUUAUAUAACACGGCAAAGACCGAGAAACCAUCGACAACUGCUCGCGAAUGGGCGCAUGGUCGUCCCAGAAGCUGGGAUACCUAUGUCGACCAGUAUCGCUCGGUCAUUUGGUUCACGGUGCUGAAACUUGAUGGCGAGACCAAUAAAUGGCACCUGUCGCCGGCUGGCCCAAUAAAUGCGCUGCGAGACACCGGGCUGGCGGUGCCCCUCUAUGCCGACUCGUCCAGCUCCGCGGAGAUGAGCAUCUCGACAUAUGGGAUUCUCUUCGCCACAAGCGAACCCGGAAACACAGAAUGGAUCGAAACGCAGCGGUCGCUGUAUUUUAUCCCAUUGUCGACGUUCCAGGAGACUGAACUGCCGCCCCUAAGAAAGAUUCGUGUUCCAGGUCAUGCCAACGUGGCUUCGACCCCAACCUUCGCGCCCAAAGGCCCCCUUGCUGCGUUUCUUGUGGACCAGGACCGCGAGGAGUGGUCGCAUAAAACAAUAGGUCUUGUGGAUGUCGACACUAUGAGCAUUGUCUUCCUUCUGCGGACGGUCGAUCUCACGGAGAGUCAGUGGGACGUCUUCCCGGACGCGAUUUUGUGGGCUAACGAUGGCACCAAAUUGUAUCUGACUGCCAACUCCCAAGCUCGGGCUCGGGUGUACCAGGUGCGUAUUCCGCCAUUUUCCCUGGAGAAGCAUCAAACCGUCAUCCCCAAGGAGCUAAGCAUCUCCGGCUCGGUUUCCGCACUGUACCGUCUUAGCGAACACGACACCGAGACCCGCCUACUGGCCACGUCUUCGUCGUUCAUCGACCAGGGACUUUUCUCGAUCGUCCCGCCCCUGACCAGCGGCGAUGACCAAUCCGAGAACAGCCAGAUCAUCUACACUUCCUCCAACCACGGCGACUACUUCGGUAUCUCCUCUAAGCAAGUCGAAUCCAUCACCUACCCCGGCGGACCCGACGGCGAGACCCCCGUGCAAUGUUGGAUCCUGAAGCCCUCCGACUACGACCCGACCUACGCCACCAAGCACCCGUUGUUCAUCCUCAUGCACGGCGGUCCCAGCUCUGCCAUGAAAGAUGAAUGGACCUGGCGGUGGAAUGCGGCCCUCGUGGCAGAACAGGGGUACAUUGUCGCGAUCCCCAACUUCACAGGCUCGGAUUCUUUCGGGCGGGAAUUCACGCGCGCGGUCUCGCGCCAAUGGGGCGGCCACCCCUACCACGAUAUCGAGCGCUGCUUCCGCUGGGUCGAAGACAACCUGUCCACCAAAUGCGACACCGACCGGGCCGUGGCCGCUGGCGCCAGCUACGGCGGCUACAUGGCCCUGUGGGUGGCGGGCCAGCCGUUGGCCAAGAGGCUCAAGGCAAUUGUAUGCCACGAUGGGGUCUUUGAUGUGGUCGCUGAGCUGCUUGGUGACGAUCUAGCGCAGAAGGAGGAGCUUACCCGCUCUUUCGGGUCGCCGUACUUUACUGAUGCGCCCUCGGCGGAUAGAGACCCACCCAGCGCGAAGGAGCUUUGGCGGAAGUGGAACCCCGUCGAGUAUCUCACGAAUUGGUCGACGCCCAUGCUCAUUAUCCAUUCUGAUAAGGAUUUCCGGUGCCCCAGUACAGCGGGGUGGGCGGCGUAUGCCGCGUGCCGGUUGAAGGGGAUCGAGACGCGGCUGCUGAAUUUCCCGGAUGAGAAUCAUUUUGUUCUCGGUCGGGAGAAUAGUCUGGUCUGGUGGAAUACUGUCAUUGCGUGGUGCAACACGUUCGUGGGGAUUUCAGGUGGACCGAAGCUGGAUCUGGCGCGUAGUGAGCCCCGGUGGCUGGGAGAAUCGAAGACGGGGAGGAUUGUCGAUGUCUAGAGCGUAUAAGUUAAAGAACGAAAGAGAUAUCAUACCAAUCUACGCAGACUUCUAGCAAGCCAUGAUGACUGUUGC